AUGGAUCUAAAGGUAACAAAGUUGAUACGUCAAUCUGUUCCUAACAUUGAUGAUGCUAUUGUCGACUACGUGAUCGGUUACCUUGACGAAAAUUCAUCUAUAACUGAUGAAGAGGAUGUUAUAACAGAUUUUGUCCGUCCAAUUUUGUUAGACGCAGGUGGGGAUGAGGUUCAAAUUCAAAAACUUUGCGAGGAAUUGACAAAACUUUUUGCACAAAUAUCCAAGAAUAACUUGGAAAAUGAAAAAAUCAAGGGCAGCGGACUCAAUAAACUGGAACAACCCGUGAAUAUGCUCUUGAAAAACUCGAUAUCUGCAACUGCUGGUUUGGUUUCGCAAUCUGUGGACUUGGAAGCUGUUAGCGGAAGAAAACUUGGAACACGAGUUGAUACAAAAAAAUUGGAAAAGGCUGAGGCAAAAAUAAGAUCCAAAAUCGAGAAAAGGGAAAGACGAUCGAAUUAUGAAUCAAGUAAAUUGCUAUCAAAGAAGAACGAUGAUGCCGAAUUCUACAUGAAAGUAAAUCCGAUCUUGGACUACACUACUACAAAAGGGAAAAUUAAGGACGUCAAGAUAGAAAACUUCGAUAUCUCAUUUGGAGGAAAAAGAAUAUUGACCAAUGCUACAUUGACGCUAGUCUACGGCAGAAGAUAUGGUUUGGUCGGAAGAAAUGGUAUUGGUAAAUCAACGUUGUUGAGAACCAUGUCGAGAAGGGAAAUUAGCGUGCCAACUCAUAUCAGUAUUCUUCACGUGGAACAGGAGAUGGUUGGUGACGAUACGCUGGCUAUUCAAGCAGUGCUGAGCGCAGAUGUUUGGCGAGAACAUCUCUUAAACGAGGAAAGAAAUCUAAAUCAAAAAAUUGGUGAAUUAGAAAAGACACUUGAAGACGUCUCGGAUUCUGUUUCCGUUGAACAAGAGAAAGAGGCAAUUGGUUCAAGAUUAAAGGAAGUAUACCAAAAAUUGGAGGAAAUUGAAAGUGACAAGGCUGAAUCACGUGCCGCUGCUAUCCUAUUUGGUCUAGGAUUUCCACCGGAAAAGCAUCGCCAUCCAACUAGAACUUUUUCGGGUGGCUGGAGGAUGCGUCUUGCUUUGGCAAGGGCAUUAUUUUGUCGCCCUGAUUUAUUAUUAUUAGACGAACCUACCAACAUGUUAGAUAUUCCUGCUGUCGCAUGGCUAGAACAAUACCUCAAAAAAUGGCCAAGCACUUUACUUGUCGUUUCUCAUGACCGAGAUGAAGUGGCAACUGAUAUAUUGCAUCAACACUCUGAGCGCCUUGAUUACUAUAAGGGAAAUUUUACACAAUUCUAUGCCACUAAAGAAGAACGCCGUAAAAAUCAUUUACGUGAGUACGAAAGUCAACUUCAAUACAGAAAACACUUGCAAGAUUUUAUCGAUCGUUGGAGAUACAACGCCAAAAGAGGACCUCAGGCUCAAAGUAAAAUUAAGUUAUUGGAAAAGCUUCCUGUUCUGGAACCUCCGGAGUUCACUUUUUACAGAUUUCCUGAUCCGGAUGCACUGAGUCCACCCAUCCUUCGGUUAUCUGAUGUCACUUUCGGAUACGAAAAUGGACCUGCAAUACUGACGAAUGCUAACCUAUCCGUUCAACUGGAUUCGCGAAUAGCUGUAGUCGGUCCCAAUGGAGCUGGUAAAUCUACCUUGCUAAAAUUACUAACGGGCAUUUUGGAACCGCGUACUGGGCAAGUACAUCGGCACGGGCGCCUUAGGUUCGCGCAUUUCAUGCAACAUCACGUGGAUCAACUAGAUCUUAAUACAAGCGCGGUAGGAUUUUUGUCCCAAAAAUUUCCAGGCAAGAGUGAAGAAGAAUAUCGACGUCAACUAGGUAAUUUCGGAAUUACUGGUAUGACGGGGCUGCAGUCAUUAGAAACUCUUUCAGGAGGUCAAAAAAGCAGGGUCUCCUUUGCAUGUUUGGGCUUACAAUAUCCGCACAUCUUGAUAUUAGAUGAGCCCACCAAUCAUCUCGACAUGGACUCGAUAGAUGCUCUGACAAAUGCUCUCAAAGAGUUUAAAGGAGGGGUGAUCCUUGUAUCUCAUGACGAACGGUUCAUUGAUUCAGUGUGCAACGAAAUUUGGGUUUGUGAAUCUGGUAAAGUAAGGAGAUUCGAAGGUGACACUAUCAAACAAUAUAGAGAAUUAAUUGUGCCAAAAGAAGAACCAUGA